UAGAAGGUCCAAACAAUAUCAAGGAUGUUCUAUCGGAUGUUCUUGGUCAUCGUGAUGUUCUUGGUCAUCGUGACAAGUUCAAGGAUAUUGAAAAGACAUUACCCAUGGCAUGCAAGUAUAUCUACUCACAUGUUGUUAGAUUGAUGAAUGAAUCAGAGACCAUAUACGUAGAGUUUAAGGACACUAUGUUUGGACGUCCUAAAAGUAUUCGGUUGCUAAGAGAAGAUAUCUUGUGUUUUAUGGAGAUGAGAGAGAUAGGUGCCAGACAAAUUUUGAUUUACAUGGGUUACCUCUAUAAAUAUUUGAGUGAUGAAGACAGGGCUGAUUAUGUUUCAUUUGUGGAUCCCGGCAACAUACCUACAUGCCCACUUGGUAAAGAUGAUCGUGACAUAUCACAACAUAUUGCCGAUCAGUUGAAAGCAGUGUGUAGAGACAGCAUCUGCCUCAUCCCAUAUAACACUGGAUAAUAUUUUAAUUAUUUAUCAAUUCUUACUACAUAUUAGUCAAUGUUAUAUUUUUAUUUUAGCAGGUACUAUUGGAUCUUGACUAUUGUCAAUGAAGAUAAAAAUAUGAUAUAUUUAUUGGACUCUAUGUCUAAUAGAAACCGAGACGAUGCAUGGAAAACUAUGGUGACAAAUGGGGUCAAGAUGUACAAUGCCUCAAAGGGUAUUGCUAAAGCACCAGGUUUUAAGCAAUUGACGGGUAAUCUAAAACAAAGUGGUUCUGUUGAAUGUGGAUAUUGUGUGAUGAGGUACAUGAAAGAGAUAGUUGAAUGUGAAAAUCUACAGUUGGAGAAGAUGUUUGCAGGAACAAUCAAGAAUCAAUAUUACAACCAAUCUCAAUAUGAUGAAGUCAGAAGUGAAUGGAGCGAAUUUAUCUACUCGUAUCUAGAUGCCUAAAUGGGUCGUGUAGGUUAGGAUAAAUAUUUUAUUUUGCAUUAUGGAUAUUUGGACAUACAUACCUGUGGAUACACUUUUGGU